AUGAAGAAUCUGCUGGUGCUCUGCUUUGGUUUUUUCUGCAUCUUCACAUCAUUUUUAUCUUUGAGAAAUCUUCAAAGUAGUAUUAACAACAUCGAAGGGUUGGGUCUUUAUACACUCAGCUGCACCUACCUUUUCUUCUUCACUGGUUGCAUUUUUGCCACCUCCGUCGUCAGAAAGAUUGGACCUAAAAAAGCCAUGGUAGUUGCAUCUAUGGCUCUCUUGAUUUAUGAUGUCGCUCACUUGUACCCCGCAUUCUACACGAUGGUGCCAGCUGGAGGCCUAGCCGGAUUUGCACAAGGUGUCAUUUGGACUGCACAUGCAACUUAUAUUGCCAACAUUGCUGUCUGCUAUGCUAACCUCAGUGGCGAAAAAGUUCCCAACGUUUUGAGCAAAUUCAAUGGUAUUUUCUUCGUUUUCUAUCAGUCAUGUCAGAUUGUAGGUGGCUUCAUAGCCUCCUUAAUUUUGAAGUCUCCGGCAAACAAGUACACAGGACUAUUUGCUUUCAAUGGGACAUCGUACAAUUGUUCUAUCAUACUCGGUGUCUACAAUGAUGAGGAACCAGUUGACCAGAAACUCAUCUACAUCCUGAUUGGAGUCUUCACCGGUCUGACCAUCACAGGCAUCACGGUCCUGGCCUUCUUGUUGGACCCACUUGAAGGUCAGAUGAAAAUGAAGAAAGCCCAGGGACCCUUCCACCAACAGUUGCUGGCAGUCUUCAAGUUUUACGGUGACAGAAAGGCUCUCUGCUUGGUCGGCAUCAUGUUCUACUCACUACUGCAAGCUGCGUUCAUCUUCGGCGAAUACAACAAGGCAUUCAUAACAUGUACCAUUGGCAUUGAGUUCGUUGGCUUUGUCAUGAUGACCCUAUCGUUCUCAUCUGCUAAUGCUGCAUUUUGGAAUGGUCGCAUACAGAAGUACAUUGGAAGAUGGCCACUAUUGACCACAGCAUUCGUCUGUCACGGUUCUGUUUUGUUUACCCUGUUGUUCUGGGACCCAAGCCCUUCCAAUCUACCUGUCUUCUUCAUCCUGGUCAUCUUCUGGGGAAUUGGCGAUGGAACCAUUAUGACCCAGGAUAUCAGUCUGAUCGGCUACCUCUUCUCCAGCAACAAAGAGCCGGCAUUUGCUGCCCUCAAAAUGACACAAUCGAUCGCUAACUUCAUCUUUUUUGUCGCCGGGCCGUACAUGUGCACCCGCCACAAAAUUUUCUUCGUGGGUACGGUCCUCUGUGUGGCCACAACGGGCUACUUCACCCUCGAAGUCAUCAUGCGUAGGGAGGAGCGUUUGAAAGCUGCGCAACAGCCACAGCUACAAGAUGGCGACAAGGAGACGAACAAGUUGAAGGCCGUUGUUGAUGACGAGCAGAAGAUAAAGGGAGAUGGAGGAGAUGCCGCCAAAACUAAUGCUUAA